GAUUUGAAGAAUAUUUUAGACUCAAAAGAAGAUGGACAAGACACAACUAAUACGUACACUGAAAAUAAUAACUCUUCUGAUGUUAGCACUUCUACAGUUGUGGAAUAUGAUGUGGGACUUGAAAGUGUUGGACAAAUAUCAGAAAAUGAAUUUAAAAGUAUUUUAAACUCAAAAGAAGAUGGACAAGACACAAAUAAUACAUACACUGAAAAUAAUAACUCUUCUGAUAUUAGCACUUCUACAGAUUUGAAUAGUAUGCUGAAUCUCCAAGAUGAUUUCCCAACAGACAUAGCCAAAUUUCCAUGGACUAUUACUGAUGCAAAUUUAAUAAGAAGUUUGAUUUUAUAUGGACCCUGUAAGCCAGAUAUUAACUUUCCAGUAAAUAAUAAUGGUAAACGUUUUUCAUCUAGUUAUUAUUUUCUAACAACUAAAUCUGGUACAAAAAUUCCAAGAACCUGGCUAUGUUAUUCUUAUAACUUAGACUGUGUGUAUUGUGAAUCAUGUUGGCUGUUUGUUGAUAGAUCUUAUGGCAAAUUUAAGUGGGAUUGGAUUUAUGGUAUUAAUGAUUGGAAUCACGUGUCACAAAGUAUUCAAAGACAUGAAUCAUCUAUUCAACAUUUGGAUGCUGCCAAAAUUCGUUCCAUUUGGGUUAAAAAUGAAACCAUUGACGCUAGUUUAGAAAAACAAUAUACUGAUGAAGCAGUGAAAUGGAGGAAUGUAUUGAAAAGGUUGAUAAAAAUUAUACUUUCUAUAACAGCAGGAAAUUGUGCUUUAAGAGGGAAUGAAGGAAGCCUAAAAAUUAAAUGUGCCACCGAAGGAAACUUUUUAAGAACAGUUCGAUUACUCGCAGAGUUUGAUCCUAUUCUAAAUGAUAUUUUAAAUGAUGAAAAUCAAAAAAAUUAAGUAUUUAAGUUGGUC